UAGUGGUUACAAAACAGGAAAAAAACAUGCAAAACAAAACCGGCAGCGGAAUUUUGGGCUUUUUUAAGACCGAAGCCGGACGUAAGGUGGUGUUUUAUGCAGCGGGAUCAACUACAGUUGGUCUAUUUUUGGCCAACUUUGUGCCACAUACAUUUGGACUGAAAUAUUACCGCGACUUUGUGUCAUGUUAUCAAAAUGGCAUUGCAAGAGCCGUGCCGGAGUCAGUGCAGCAACGUCUGGAUAAAGCCUUGGAAAAACUGGACGUGGAUCCGCGAGAGGCUAAAUUCGUGAAGCCAUUCACCGUUUUUGGAUUUGAUCUGUUUCAAGCAGGCACCACGAAAUAUCGCUUUGGGGCCGCUCUGGGAAUCCCCGUGAACUAUGCAUAUGGCAGCAUUGACGAGAUCAAACGGUCGGAUAUACGCUUUCGCGAUAAGCAAAUAAACUGGAACUCGGACAACGGCAGACUACUGGAAGAGGCAAUUGUCUUGACCGAAGAUGAGCAGGUGUUUGGACUGAGCAAAGCGGUACUCCAGCUGCAAACGCAUCGGGUGUUGUUGAACUCGAUCUUCCCCAGCGUGAGCUUCCUUAUGGUAUACACAAUGGGACGCUAUCUAAAUAUGCGUCUUAAUCUCUUCGCGCGUCAUGGCAGCACACGUUUCGUUUUGUACAGCAUCUUGGGUCUGUUUGGCAUCGGCAGCUGGUCCUUUAUGAAGGACUUCAACCAGGUGACUACCGAUGCCGAUAUUGAUAAAAAGCUGGCCACACUCGGUCCACAAUUUGUGGCCGCGGGUGUCACCUACUACGACAAGCAUCUGAAGAAGAACAUGGCAUUAAGACACCUUAUUGGCGAUAAUACCUACACUGCCUUGGGCAAUGAAAACUACUUGCUGCGUCAAAAAUCAAUGCCGCUGACGGCGCGCAAAUCAUUCUUUGAGAAUAAGUGGGAAGAGCUACAAAGUACCCAAAUAUAAUUUAAAUACUCGUCAUAAGCGUUUGUUAAAAGUUUGUUGGUUAAUUUAUUCUUAUGAAACUAGCUUAUACAGCAAACAAAUAAUAAAUUUAAAAUUC